CUGGAGUCAAGCUAAUCAUAGGGAAAGCGCCUUACGUGGGGGCUAUGCUAGAUCCUCCAAAAUGAAGCUGCACCAUAACCCAUCGGGGCAUGGGCAAUAGUUUAACACCAUCAAGUUUAGACAGUUUAGGCAGAGUCAAAAGUGUCUGCAUAAAAGAGGGGCCAGCCUGAAUCAAGGCUUAUAAGGGCGAAAAAGAAACAGAAAAAACCUGAUACUUGUCCCAGUGGCUAUUUUCAACUUCUUCUCGAUCUCGAAUAUCGCCAAUCCAGCCUGACAAAAUGCACAACCAUCUGCAAUUAUCGCUUGACUACCCCAACAGACUGUAUGCACCGGGCGACACCAUAGCUGGAACUGUCACCGGCUGGGACCCGAGCAGCAAAAGCUCGGUGUAUCUCAUUCUCGAAGGCCGCAGCAAGUCUUAUCUCCGGUUCAAAGGGAGUUUCGACUUCCGCUACAGGGAUCGAAGUCCGUUACUGUACCAAGUCAUCCAGUUGAAACCGGCGAGCAGCGGAAAGAGCACAGAUGGGCGCUUUAUGAUCACAAUACCAGAAACCACACAACAAGGCCUAUCCAAAGUUACCGACUUGACAAAAAAGCACCAUUACUGGACGCAUUCCUGGCCCAAGAACGAAGACUUCGAGCUCGAUACCGGAUACGCGCUACCGCCAUCUAUGAUCCAGCCGAAGCGGAUCAAUCACGGGGCAGCGCAGGACGAAUAUGGCUGGGGGCACGUUCGAUAUACAAUCACGGCGAUACAGUCGGAACCACACAAGAAAAAGAAAGCGAAGGUGACGGGCUCAGCGCUGAAGGUGGUGUGGGUGACGACAGCGCGAAUGUCCAUGGACACGUAUGAGGAACGGAGAGCAGAGGAGUCGGUGUGCAAGGAGCAGAGAUUGACCGUCGAAACGCUACGCCUCAACCCUGCUAUUGGAAACCGGAAGCUAUCGUUCAGGGAGUCGUUCAAAGGCGCCUUCUCAACGAAGCCCAGUCUGCAGUUUAUGCCGAUUGUUGCCGUUCCCAAGCUCGUUGUUGCUGGGAGUGAUACUACGCUGUCGGUCUGUGUGCGUGCGAUGCCGAUUAAUUCCAAGAAACCAGAUCAGUUGGGGUACGACUUCCCUCUUCCGCCUAUUACGCUGGAGCAAAUCACGUUGCGUCUUAAAGAAACCACCAGAAUCCGCUGCAAGGGGAAUGUGGUGACAUCCGAAUACUGUAGCGAGUUUGCAGACGCGGUGGUCGCUAACCAGACGUGGGAGACAAAAUACGUGUUCUAUCCGACAGACGAUCAUCAAGCGUAUGCGUAUGAACCAUGCUUGAUAGAUCUCAAAAUUCCAGCAUCGUGCACGCCGACCUUUCGGACCUGCAAUUUCCGAAAAAAGUGGUAUAUUAAGGGUGACGCGGUGUUUAGUUGUAUGUCGGAGAACCUCAAGACAUCGUUCCGAUGCGAUGUCGAUAUCAUCUCGAAGCCACGGCGGUGGAAUGCAGUUGGCGAUGAUCAUGGUGAUAUAUCAGGGUUACUAAUGGUAGGAGAGGAGGAAGAUGAAGCUUGUCCUGGAAAUCAUUGAUACUUUGAGCAAUCUAUGACAUUGAUGCUUGGGAUGGAUGUUGGCCCAACAAGAUCACACUGGCUAUCAUUACCAUGGACAAGGCUACAGAAUAGUGUAUAUUGUUAUAUCAUACUUUUAUUUGUCAGACAGAAGGUAUCAAACAUGCUCCGUGGCUGCACCAGAUGCUAUAAUAGGGUAACUCAGGUUGUGGUGGGCCGCAUAGACUCUGCUGAUUCCAAUCUAUCACUCUUGGGUAGAACAAUAGCACGUAGACUGCAUUAAUUUUUAUGUAGGCAAGGCAACGGUAUUCCAUAUCAGGGGACAUGGUUUAGAUUGCUGGAUAUCAUGAUAUAUUGUGAAU